CUUAAAGCAGCUUUUCCACUUUCCGCGGUUUAUCGAGCAAUGUCUCGCGCUUCAGAGACAGAAGAAGCAACUCAAUCUCGCGAGAAGGCGUUCGGCCUGCCGUGGCCUGAUCUCAACGACGGUUUAUUCUACAGCGACGUCAUUUCUCCCUCCGAUUCCAAAUUGACACUGAUCGAGUUCUACUCUACCAAACACAAGAACUCAGCUCCCUUGCAAGGUUGGUUGCAGAGAAUUCAAAAUGAACAGAUAACAAUUGAUGGUAAAGCUGUUUAAGAUCCUGACAUGAUUCUCAGUGCUGGUUCAGAACUAGUAUAUCAUAGGCUUCCUUGGAAAGAGCCUGAUGCACCAUACUUGCUGGAGGUUUCAUAUGAAGACAAUGAUAUGAUUGCCUUAAAUAAGCCUUCUGGUCUGCAAGUUCUGCCGGGAGGACUUUUCCAACAGAGAACUGUUUUAAAGCAGCUACAAUGGCAGGCAAGCAAACAGAAGUCUUCACUGUCAAACCAAGAAUCACACCUUGUUCCCGUACAUCGUUUGGGAAGGGGCACAUCAGGAAUAUUACUUUGUGCAAAAACAAAGCUCGCAAAAACUUGCCUUGCAGCUUAUUUUGCCGAUGGGACAUCUGUUAUUGGUGCUAACAGUGAUAUGAACAUGGAGCUCUGUACAAGGAAAAUUUCAAAGAUAUACCGGGCACUAGUAAGUGGGAUGGUUGAGGAGGAUGAGAUAAUCAUCAAGCAGCCAAUCGGAAUUAUGCAAUAUCCUGGUGUGGCCAAAGGGCUGUAUGUCGCUACUCCUUCAGGGAAACCAGCUCUGAGCAAAGUUAAAGUUCUUGAGAGAGAUGUGCAAGGAAACCGAACAUUGGUCCAGGUUGCAAUUCAGUCUGGCCGGCCACACCAAAUACGCAUUCAUCUUGCUUUUGUAGGGCAUCCUUUAGUGGGUGAUCCUCUCUAUGUUGCUGGAGGCCAACCAAAGUCCUUUGACUCUGAAUUUGCUAACGAAACUUUUGCACAAGAUGGAGGGUAUCCAAGGCCUCUAACACCUGUUCCAGGAGACUGUGGUUACUAUUUGCAUGCACAUCAACUCACACUCUCACAUCCGACCACAAAUGAGGUAAUAGAAGUUAUGGCACCUCUUCCAUCCAUCCUCCAAACACAGGAAGAGGCAAAGAAAAUUACCAUUCAUUAGAAGAUCAGUUAGGGAUGUCACCACAACCCCUUAUCUUUUAAAGGAUAAGGCCAGAAGUGAUGGAUUGAGGUCAAAUUUGAUCGGUCUCUCUUAAUGAUGGGAAGAUAGUUCUUCCUCACAGAUCACAUUCAAAAGCAGACACAGGUUCAAGCCAUUCAUGUGCCAAAAGAAUCCCAUAUUUAUGGUAAUCCCCAUGGUCCCAUAUUUUCUACAUAAAUUUUAAAAUGACAAAACAAUAUAUUUUUGGGCCCCACUACAGUUUUUGGUCGGAGUGUUGGACAACCCAGUUAGUCCACAUUUUUUAGGUGUCAAUACAACUAAUUUUAAAGACCCGGACAGGUACUCUGCAUGAUGAGCCACUUUGUAUGGUAUGUUGUUUUGACUAAUUUUGAGGAAGAUUUGGUGAAAUGCCAGAUAAGGUAGGCUGAUAAAUUUUACUUC